CGGUUUAGCUUAACUUUUCUUUUCGAGGGCCUGCCUGGCAUUUGUCAGCGUUUAAUCGUCGGCGAAUUUCCGUCCUUGGUGUUCUCAAAAAUGAAGUACAUGGUGAUUUAUGCUGUUUUGGCUGCUGUAUACUGGAAGGUGGACUCCAAGUUCCAAUCCCCAAUGGUCCAAGUAUACAGCCACCAGCCGGGAAGGUUCGGAGCGCCGAACACGCUGAUCUGCCACGUCAGUCAGUUCCACCCCCCUGACGUCACCAUCCAGUUGCUCAAGAACGGAGUGGAGAUACCCGGUGCCAUCGAGACCGACUUGAGCUUCGGAAAAAACUGGCACUUCCAUCUGACCAAGUAUGCUCCCUUCACACCAGCGAGGGAUGACAAAUACAUCUGCCGGGUUACUCAUUCGUCGGAUCCUUCCAAGUCUAUUGACUGGGAUCCCAACAUGUGAGCAGGGGCCAGUCACUGCGUCACAAUGCAGCCAAAAUCCUUGAUUGGCCACGAUGACGUAUCUUCUGCAUUGCUCUUCUGCUACAGGCAUUGGUUUCAACUCGCGGAUAUUUUCAAUCAAAUUCUUCAUCAACUCAGUCAUUACCCCAAUCCGAUCCCUAAACUCACAAUCAGUCAUUUAUGGGCCAUAUCGCUCCCAAGGAAAUAGUGACAAUAAUUCAGGUUGAGUGUUCUGUUCACUGUGCUGCAAUUCAUUUUCAGGAAUGAUGAGGUUUGUACUUUGUUUUGGGGGGAGGGGGGUUGUUUGUUUUUAAGUGUGGUUUGUAACUGAUGAUCAAGUAUCAUGACCAAUAUAUUUUUUGAACAAGCUGGUGUUAACAAUCGUGUAAUAAAAAUUUGGUAAGAGAUAUUUCAUUUGAUGUUUUGAAUUUGUCUCCUUUGGGUGAAUAAAGUAUGAUUCACUUUUGAGCUGUA